CGGGAAACUGUUGCCAUCUUCGCGAGCAACGUCUUUCCGGCUCUGCAAUAAUGGCUUUCGUUCCCUUGUCUCUUGCAAAAACGCCCAAAUAUGACGUCUACCGUUGCAGCGAAGAGGAAGCUUCCGGCCGAGAAGUCGAUCCCGGCUUCUUGGGUCGCGGUGACGUGGCUGGAGGGCGUGACGGUGACGGAGGCCAAGGGACCAGGGACCAGAGCAGACCCUCAGUCCACGGAGGCCCCGCCCACUCGACGCCCAUCUUCCCCUUCACGCCGCCCCACCCCGCCCACCUGCUGACCUCAGGGGCGUCGCUCUCCCUGCCCCAGCCCGCCCGCGCCGGCUGCCCCUCGGGCCCCCGGCGCGCCACGGGAACGAGGGACUCCUGGUCCGCGUCGGCGGAGAUUUCUGGCGUCGCCUCCUGCAGGUCCUCAGCGAGCGGCGAGGGCGGGGCGUCCGGAGCGUCGAAGGACCACUCUCGCCUCUUUAAGACUCCGAGGAGCGACGGGCGGGCGGCGGGGGAUAAGUGCCCCGGACGUGGGCGUAAAAGGACCCCCUCGUGGGCGGGGUCGAAGGACACCUCCACCGGCUGCUUCAGGACGCCUUCCACGGGGCGGACGACGGCGCUCGGCUCGGCGCGCUCCUCCUGCACCCCAGGAUCCGCCCGCUCCACGGCGCCCUCCGCCCGGCCCGUCCCGCCCUCGACGAUCGUGGCGGUGGCAGAGGGCCGAGGGCAAGCCCGAGGAGAGGUGGGCGUGGCGGCACUAGAUCUGCGCCGCCCACACCUGUCCCUGGCGCAGUUCUCGGACACCCACACCUACACGAGGACUCUCACUAAACUGACCGUGCUGAAUCCCCUGGAGGUAGUGAUAGCGAGCACGGCGGUGGACGGGGCAGCGGGCGCGGGCGGGGCGAGCAAGCUGGUCCGCGUCCUGCAGGAGUGCUUGGCGGAGGUCUCCAUCACGGCCAUCCAGCGUCGCUACUUCAAGGACACCCGCGGCCUCGCCAUCGUCAAGCACCUCGCGGCGCCCCACUGCGCCUACGUCGAGAGGCACUUGGCCACGAAGUACUACUGCCUCGCCUCAGUGGCCGCCCUCAUGAAGUACAUCGAAUGCGUCCAGCACGUGACGUACGCUCCCCACACACUCCACGUCGAGCUCUCCUCCUCCGAGAACACCAUGAGCAUUGAGCACUCCACUUGUCGGAAGCUCGAGUUGGUGCGGAGUCUGCGGGGCAGCUGGGAGGACUCGCUCUUCGGCGCCCUGCGGCACACGCGGACUCCGGGGGGGACGCGCCUGUUGCGCGCCUCCCUGCUGCAGCCCCACGCAGACGUCUCAACCAUCAACGCGCGUCUAAAUGCCCUUCAGUAUCUCGUUGAUAAUCCCGAUCUCUUCUACACGCUGCAGAGCAUUUUAGGGAGAUUUCCAGACAUCGAUUGGCUUUUAUCAAUGUGCGCACAACUUCAUAAGGAGGACACGGAGCAGCGCUGUGAGCUUCGUCUGAACUACGUGAUCUCGCUGAAGAACACCCUGGAGCUGCUGGACCCCCUGGCCACCACCCUCGCCGACGCCAGCGACCCGCUCCUCGACUCCGUCAGGCAGAGCGUGUCGAGACCUGAUCUGCAGGAGUUGCUGAAGACGCUUCGGGGCGUGAUGCACGAGGACGCCCGCCUGGUGAAGGGCGCCGCCGCCAUGAGGGCUCAGCGCUGCUACGCCAUCAAGAGCCACGUCAACGGCCUGCUGGACGUCGCUCGCAAGAUCUACUCGGAGAUCAUCGACGACAUCACGGCCCACGUCGAGGAGCUCGCCAAAGAUCACAACGUGGGAAUGAGGGUUGGCCACAACGCCGCCCGCGGGUUUCACAUCGCCAUCCCGGUGCCGAGGAGGAAGUCGGCGCCGCACCUUCCUCCCGUGUUUAUCAAGGUGCAGCGAGGGCGAGGAUGCAUCACUUGCACGACAGAACAUCUGUAUUUGCUCGACCAGCGGUCCCGUGAUACACUCAGGGAGAUACUCAUCAUGAGUAAUGUGAUCGUGUCCGAGAUGCUGAUAGAGGCGCGCGGGCGUAUGGGCGUGCUGCAUGGGCUCGGGGAGGCCAUAGCCAAUUUGGAUCUGGUGGUAUCUCUCGCCCACUCGGCCGCCCUCGGGUCCUGGGUCAGACCAGAGUUCUCCCGCGCCCUUGCCAUUCGCUGUGGCAGGCACCCGAUCCUGGACGUGCUCGCGCCCACGCCGCCCGUCCCGAACAACACGUUCUUAAGCCCAGAGAGCCGGGUAAUGGUAGUGACGGGGCCGAAUAUGAGUGGCAAGAGCACCUACCUGCGGCAGAUCGCCCUCAUUCAAGUGCUGGCUCAGACGGGCAGUUUUGUGCCAGCAGAAUUCGCUUCCCUCCGCGUAGUGCGUCAUCUGUUCACUCAUUUAGGGUCCGAGGAUUCUCCAGAAAACAAUGCCUCCACCUUCCAAGUACAGAUGAGUGACGUAGCGCACAUGGUGGACGGGGCGGGGAGCGACUCCCUCGUGCUGCUGGACGAGCUCGGGUCAGGCACGAGCGUCGAGGAGGGAGGAUCUCUCGCCUGGGCCGUCAUGGAGACGCUCGUGCACGCCCACGCCACCGCCGUGCUCGCAACUCACGCCCUCUUCCUUACCAAGCUCCCGUACCUCUACCCGACGGUCGUGAACUACCACCUGGAGAGCGAGGACGAAGGGGGCGGCCUGCUACGCCUCAGCCACGUCGUCCGUCGGGGGGUCACUCAGGCCACCCACUACGGCCUCGCCCUCGCCGCUGUCACGGCCAUGCCUCCUUCGGUGCUGCAGCGAGCCCGACACCUCGCGAGCGUCAUGGCGCCGCCGACGCAGGUCGCGGCGGAAGAGGACGCGGAGAGCCUACGAUUCCGCGCCGUGUAUCGCCUCGCUCACCGCCUUCUAGCUCUGGCCAACGCCGCCCUGCCAGCCUCGAGUCCUCCCGACGACCCGCUGGCUAACGGUGCAGCUCUGACUCCGCGCGCGUCCACGUCGAGGACCCUUCAGCCGCAGAGCAUGGACGAAACGGCGUCGGGAGCUUCCCCACGAGAUUCAAGAUCACUGGGCGCUCACGAUCUCUCGGCUCUUAGCGAUUCUCGUGCGACGGAGCUCAGGACCAAGCUACAGUGCCUGCUGCAAGACUUCAUGGCGCAGGUGUCCGGCGGCACACAGGACGCGCCUCAGCUGUCUGACGAUGACGGCGACGGACUUCAAGAAAUGAUUUAGAAAUGAUUUGGAAAACUGGAUUCCACAUGUAAACUAGAUGUUGACUUCGGGCGUUGUUUAUCCAGAGAAUUAGUAGGAGAGCGGAGGAGAUACCACAGACGAACCAAAAGAACGGAAAAGAGUUACUAAUGUCAGCUGGGUGUCGGGUGCUGGAGGAAGUAGUGACUAAGAAUGCUUAACUAUCCCCGGCUCAAAUGUUUUUUUGUUCUACGACUGGCAGUAAGGAUAUUGUGUUUCUGUUUUGACUUUUCUUUUUUUCCCGACAAUUUAAGAAAGGAAUGUGUUUCUGAUUAUGUUUUCUAAUAAAAUAGAACAUAGAAAUGU